CUCCGGGUGCUCCAGGCGGGAGAGAACGAGGGAGCAUGUCGGGCCUGGCAGCCAAAGUGGCCAAGGAGCGGGCGGCGGCGCAGGGGCUGGGCUCCAAGCAGAAGGCGCUGCGGCACUCGGGCCAGGACUUCCAGGCGCUGCGGGAGCGCUGUCUGGAGGCAGGCAGCCUCUUCCAGGACCCGGCCUUCCCCGCCGCCGCCGCCUCCCUGGGCUUCAAGGAACUGGGGCCAGGCUCCGCCAAGACCCAGGGCAUCCUCUGGAAGAGGCCCACGGAGUUAUGUUCCAAUCCUCAGUUUAUUGUUGGGGGAGCCACUCGGACUGAUAUCUGCCAAGGAGCUUUAGGAGACUGCUGGCUUCUGGCUGCCAUUGCUUCCCUCACACUAAAUGAAGAAAUUUUGGCUAGAGUUGUUCCCAGUGAUCAAAGCUUCCAGGACAGAUAUGCAGGGAUCUUCCAUUUCCAGUUUUGGCAAUAUGGCGAGUGGACAGAUGUGGUUGUUGAUGACAGGCUACCAACCAAAAAUGGGGAACUUCUUUUUGUUCACUCAGCAGAGGGGACUGAGUUCUGGAGUGCUCUGUUGGAGAAGGCCUAUGCCAAGGUGAAUGGAUCAUAUGAGGCUCUCUCUGGAGGAAGCACUACUGAGGGCUUUGAGGACUUCACUGGUGGAAUUGCGGAGUGGUAUGAGCUGCGGAAACCUCCACCAAACUUGUUCAGAAUCAUCCAAAAAGCUCUUCAAAAAGGUUCCCUCCUUGGAUGUUCUAUUGAUAUCACAAGCGCUGCUGAGACGGAGGCAGUGACAACACAGAAACUGGUCAAAGGGCAUGCAUACUCUGUAACAGGUGCUGAAGAGGUCAGUUUCCGAGGCAGUCUGCAGAAACUGAUCAGAAUCCGAAAUCCCUGGGGAGAAGUAGAAUGGACUGGAAAAUGGAGUGAUAAUUGUCCAAGCUGGAAUAAUGUUGAUCCUAAAGUGAAGGACAGACUAACCAAGAAACAUGAAGAUGGAGAAUUUUGGAUGUCAUUUGAUGAUUUUUUGAGGCAUUACUCACGUCUUGAGAUCUGCAACUUGACUCCAGACACUCUGACCAGUGGGAAGUACAAGAAGUGGAGCCUAAAUUUGAUGGAUGGGAACUGGAGAAAAGGAUCCACUGCUGGUGGAUGCAGAAAUUAUCCUGAUACAUUUUGGAUGAACCCACAAUAUUUGAUUAAACUUGAGGAGGAAGAUGAAGAUCCUGAUGAUCCUGAGAAGGGUUGCACUUUCCUGGCUGGACUGAUUCAGAAACACCGCCGGAAGCAACGGAAGAUGGGAGAGGAUAUGCAUACCAUAGGCUUUGCCAUCUAUGAGGUACCUCCACAGUCUUCAGGCCAAACCAACGUACACCUGAGCAAAAAUUUCUUUCUAACAAAUCGAGCUAGAGAACGAUCAAAUACAUUCAUCAACCUCCGAGAAGUGUUAAACCGCUUCAAGCUUCCUCCAGGAGAGUAUAUUAUUGUACCAUCCACGUUUGAGCCCAACAAGAAUGGGGAUUUCUGCCUCCGAAUCUUCUCUGAAAAGAAUGCAAAUUCACAAGUUAUUGAUGAUGAAAUUGAGGCCAACAUUGAGGAGAAAGAAGUCACUGAAGAUGAAAUUGAACCCAGUUUUAAGAAACUAUUUGGACAAUUAGCUGGAGUGGAUGCUGAGAUCUCAGCCUUUGAGUUGUGUAAUAUUCUGAAAAAAGUCAUGGCAAAACGCCAAGACAUUAAAUCAGAUGGUUUCAGCAUUGAAACAUGUAAAAUCAUGGUUGAUCUGUUAGAUACAGAUGGAAGUGGUAAACUGGGGCUGAAGGAGUUUCAUGUACUUUGGACAAAGAUCCAGAAAUACCAGAAAAUUUAUCGGGAAAUAGAUGUUGAUCAUUCUGGAACCAUGAAUUCCUAUGAAAUGAGGAAAGCUUUAGAACAAGCAGAGAUAUUUCAGAAAUUGGACACUGAGAAGACGGGAACAGUACAGAUGAAUCUUGUCACUUGGGUGUGUUUUACUAUCAUCUGAAAAAGGAAUUUGCCCCAGUUGAAGACUUCCGUUGGAAAUUUGAGCAUCAAUUUAAGAUCUAUAAUGAUCAAUCAAAGAAACUUGUUGCAUUCCAGUGCUGCUGUGUAUCUUUUAUAAUAUUGCUGAGGCUGAGGAGAAGGACACUAUAAAAGUAAAAUGAAUGCAAAGUAGGAAUUGGUUACCUUGGCAGCUUCAUUAUACAAGCAUUAACUUUUUUAUGCAAUUCUAUUUGCUUCAGCUACUUCCAAGUGUGCCACAAAAAGGAAACUGGUUCCAAAUGAAAGCUCAACCAAGGUCUUUAAGUUCUGGCAAGUGAAUGCCACUUCUCUGAAAGCAGAGUGUAAUAUAUUUUGUUCAGCUUUUAUUAGCCAUUAUAAACACAAAGCAUCUGAAGAAGCAUGCUAAAGCUAAGCAAUAAAGCAGUUAUAUAUUGAGCUUCUUACAACCUUAAUGUGCACUGAUGGAAAAUCAGUGCUUGAUCCAAACAACUUAAAUUCAUGUCAUCUCAGCAUUUAAUGAAAUGAAUUUGUCAAUAAAAUAUACAGUAAGAUAAGAAUAACAUCAUAUAGCUUGCAUCAUUAUAUAGUUCUUAUAUUCUUCUAAUGAUUUUUAAGCUUUAUAUUCUUUUAGAAUGGGGAAUAUCAGUUCUUAAAUCAAAUUAGUACUACCCCAGUUUGUUGAACAAGCUCCAUAUAUGACUCAAAACGCUUUGCACUUUCUCAGAAUACAACAAAGCUACUGCCAGAUUCAUCUCAGCAGCUGUGCAGGUAUGCUAACAGUAGGGAAUUAUAUAUAUUAUUGCUACACUUACUGCACACAGGAACUAAAUUAUAUAGUGUUAAGUCAUUCCCUUUUCAUCAGGAGCGGAACAAAUAGUUGCACUUCAUAAUAUAGGAGAUCUUCAAAAAUGUAUAAAGCCAGCUGAGCUAAUAAUGUUUCUGAUGGUUGAGAAUGGAAUAAAUUUAUCGCGAUGCA